CGUCACAGGUCGGAGGUGAAAACAUGGUGGAGCACGGGGAGAUCCGCGUGGUUCACAGAGGAGGCAGUAAAAUAAACUUUAGAGAGCCUGUCAUCACCAGCGACUCCAAGUUUUUGCUAUGUGCCUCAGGAGAAUGUGUGAAGGUGUUCAGCACCUCCACAGAGGAGUGUAUCCACGACCUGCGCGGACACACCGACCUGGUCACAGGUGUGCUGAUCAGACCGACGAACCACCUGCAGGCUUAUACUUGUUCAGUAGACGGCACUGUCCGGGUUUGGGACUUCACAGAUGGGAUUCUCAUUAAGACUUAUGUCAUCGGCUGCCCGAUUUACUCCAUCUACGCCUCUGAAAACCACAAUGGAGUCGUCUUCAUCGUUACCCCAACGCUAGGUGAAAAAAGAUCUGAGCUUUUCCAGCUGGUUGCGUUACAUCUGCCGCAGAGUGGAGAUCAGCUGGUGGAGGCCAGAGAGCUUUCUGCUGUGCUCGCCGACGUCAGCUCCAACCCGGAAGCCAUCGCCUUCGGCCGAGGGGGAGAGUUCAUCGCCUCGGCUAAAGGUUUGCAGCUGGAGUGUUAUUUCUUCAAGAAGCAGAAGUCAUACAGGUUUUCCCUCAAAGAAGACAACAAGAAAGGAGGUAAAAACACGUUCACAUGCAUCACCUGUCACCCAAAGGACGACUGCAUCGCCACGGGACACGAGGAUGGAAAGAUUCGUUUGUGGAGAAACAUCAACCAUAAGAAGGAGUACACAUACUCGACUCUGCACUGGCACCACAGCGCUGUCAGCUCACUGAGCUUCACUCCAGAAGGAACCAACCUGCUGAGCGGAGGCGAGGAGUCCGUGCUCGUCCAGUGGAAAUACAACCAGGAGAGCCAGCGGGACUUCCUGCCUCGCCUCGGAGCCGCCAUUACUCACAUCACCGUCUCACCUGACGGAGCGCUGUUCUGCACCUCACAUGCAGACAACAAAAUCACGAUCAUCCAGAGUUGUGUGAAAGUGUCGGCCGUCAUUCAGGGUUUGGUCAAAGGAGAAAGUCUCCGCUCAGACCUGAUGGUGGAUCCACGCAGCAAAGCUCUGGUGCUGAACGGGAAACCUGGACACCUGCAGUUUUACUCGCUCCAAAGAGACAAACUACUGUUCAAUCUGGACAUUGUGCAGCAGGAGUACAUUCACCAGUCGGGCCUGCAGCAGUUCGAGGUGGUGAAGGCGGCCUUCGACGCCUCGGGCAACUGGCUGGCAACGGUGGAAGAAAGAAAACAGAAGGCGGCCGAGCUGGAGCUGAAUUUAAAACUGUGGGCAUUCGAUGAACAAACACAGAGUUUUGUGCUGAACACGACCAUCUCGGCCCCCCACGAGAGCCGGAUUACAGCCAUGUGCUUCUGCCGCGCCGCCGACAACCAGACCACCAUGCUGGUCUCCACCAGCAAGGACGGGCACUUCAAAGCCUGGCAGCUGGCAGCUCCGGCCCACACAGACGAUGAAGGUCCGUCCUGGUCGUGUGAUUUUGUCGGAGCCUAUCACAGCCUGGCGCCUGAAUGCUGCUGUUUCUCGGCCGAUGGCUCUCUGCUGGCCGUCAGCUUUCAGGAGGUGGUGACUGUGUGGAGCCCGGCCUCCUGGGAGCUCCUGACAACGCUUUCCCAGCCGCCGGGAGCGAUCAGAGAUCUUUGUUUUGGGCGACUGAGCUGCUCCAAAUAUCUGCUGGGAACUACGGAGAAGAAUCUGCUCUGCUGCUGGAACCUCCUCACCUGCUCCCUGGAGUGGAGCACCUCCAUGGACGUCAGCCUGCUGCUGGCCGACCCCGUCUCUGAAAACAUGGCCGCCUUCUGCUUCCAGGACGGAUGCACAGACUUGUUUGUCUUUAAGCCCAGCGAGCCUCGGCCGCUGUUUUCCCAGAAGGCCGUGUGUUCGGGGAAGGUGACUCGGGCCGUCUUUGCCCCGAGGGAGGAGAUGCUGGAGAGCUGUGAGGAGAGCUGCCAGUGGUUGAACUGCUCCCAGCUCUACUUCAUCUCUCAGUACAUGGACCUCUUGACGUUCACCAGCAAGGCGGAGGAGGAGCGGCUGAUGGCGUCCAGCAAACAGCUCGUGGUCGAUGACAGCGUUGCCAUGACGCCGUUCUACCUGUUGCUGGGGAAACACCGACAGCAACAAGAGCAAAAUCAAGACUCGCUGAGCAUCCUGUCUGCUGGGAGAGAGCGUCUCCCUCAGGGCUCCGUCGCCAUUAAAGAGCUCCUGCAGACGCCGGCUCACGUCCUGCCCUCCACCUCUUUCCUCUGCUCCAUGUUCGUUCAGUCUCUGCUCAUCUCGGUCACAGACGACAGAGAGGAAAAACAACACACAGAGGAGGAAAUGGAGAGCGAGAAAGAGGAAGAGGAUUCAGAGGAGGAAAUGGAGUCCAGCACUUCGAGACCGAAGGAGGCGCCGUCAGCUGGAGACCGGGCGGCAGCAGAUUCGUCUGAAGCUCCACCUCUGACAAAAGCUCAGGCCAGAGAGCUGAGGAGGGUGAAGAAACUCGACCACAGCUGGCUCAGCAGCGUCCUGGACUGCUAACCAUGACUGUGAACAAAAGACAGACACUUUGCAGGGAUACAGCGACCAUUAUGACCAUUCACCACAGAUUUAUUCCCCCUUUUUUUUUUAAAAAUGUUUUAUUGUGGAUGUCAUUUGGACUUUUUUGGAUUAGAAAAC